GUCAAACCCAAAAUAAGAAAGAUUAUGAAGGAGAAGAAGAAGAAGAAGAAGAAGAUGAUUAAUGGCGAUAACAUGACAGCUGAAUUACCAAUGGCAAUGGAUGAUAAAGUUACAGUAAUUAGAGCUGUUCCAUUUCUAAAGCUAUUCGCAUUUGCUGAUUCUAAAGAUAUCCUCUUGAUGGUAAUUGGCACAAUUGCAGCCUUUGCAAAUGGUUGGUCGAUGCCUCUUCUGACCAUUCUUUUUGGGAAACUUGUAAAUACCUUUGGACAAGGUACAGGUCCAAGCACAGAUGGUUUACUUAAGCAGGUUUCAGGGAUAUCACUGGAACUUGUUUAUUUGGCUCUGGGGUCUGGCGUGGCGUCAUUCUUACAAUUGGCUUGUUGGAUAGUCACAGGGGAAAGACAAGCAUCAAGAAUUAGAAGUUUGUACUUGAAAACUAUACUAAGUCAAGAUAUUGCCUUCUUUGAUAACGAAACAAAUGCAGGAGAAGUUGUAGGGAGAAUGUCAGGUGAUACUGUUCUCAUUCAAAAUGCAAUUGGCGAAAAUGUGGGAACAUUUGUUCAACUUCUAGUGACAUUUCUAGGAGGUUUUAUGGUUUCAUUUUACAAAGGAUGGCUUCUCACUCUAAUUAUGUUAUCAUCUAUUCCUCCUCUCGCUAUCACUGGGGCUGCCGUGGCCAUUGUUGUUGCCAAGAUGGCUUCUCGCGGACAAGAGUCUUAUUCCCAAGCUGCAAUAGUCGUUGACCAAACAAUCGAAGCAAUCAGAACAGUUGCAUCAUUUACAGGGGAAUAUGAAGCUAUUAGAAGAUACAACAAAGCCUUAACAAGUGCUUAUAAAUCUGGUGUUCAAGAGGGCUUAGCUGCUGGAUUAGGGCUUGGUUCAGCUUUAUUUAUAGUGCUGUGCACAUUUUCCUUAGCUACUUGGUUUGGUGCAACUAUGGUAAUUGACAAAGGUUAUACCGGUGGAUCUGUCGUUAGCGUAAUCAUUAUUGUGUUGGUUAGCUCCUUGUCCAUAGGGCAAGCAUCUCCAUGCUUGACUGCAUUUGCUGCUGGACAAGUUGCUGCCUUCAAGAUGUUUGAGACGAUAAACCGAAAACCGGAGAUUGAUGCAAAUGACACAGCUAAUGGAAUCAUAUUAGAUGAUAUUCGUGGAGAUAUUGAGUUAAGUGAUGUAUAUUUCAGCUAUCCAACUAGACCAAAGGAACUAAUUUUUGAUGGAUUCUCUUUGUGUAUACCAAGUGGUACUACUUCAGCUUUAGUUGGACAAAGCGGUAGUGGAAAAUCAACUGUGAUUAGCUUAAUUGAAAGAUUUUAUGAUCCACAAAAAGGAAAAGUUCUUAUUGACGGUGUAAACCUUAAGGAGCUUAAGUUAAGAUGGAUAAGAGAAAAAAUUGGACUAGUCAGCCAAGAACCUGCACUAUUUGCUUGUAGCAUUAAGAAUAAUAUUGCAUAUGGAAGAGAUGGUGCAACUCUUGAAGACAUCAAAGCUGCGGCUGAACUUGCCAAUGUUGCCAAAUUUAUCGACGAACUACCCGAGGGUCUUGACACAUUGGUUGGCGAGCAUGGAACUCAGUUAUCUGGCGGGCAAAAGCAGAGAAUUGCUUUAGCUAGAGCUAUUUUAAAAGAUCCAAAAAUCCUACUUCUAGAUGAAGCUACAAGUGCGCUUGAUGCGGAAUCUGAACGGAUUGUUCAAGAGGCAUUAGAUAGGGUAAAGGUAAACCGAACUACUAUCAUUGUCGCCCAUCGGCUAAGCACCAUAAAGAAUGCAGAUAUGAUUGCUGUUAUUCAUCAAGGAAAA